CCUAGCGUCGCCUGCUUUAACGGGUGCACGUUUGUGAUCGUUCCCGUUGCUCUUCGUGUUCUUUAUUCACCGACAUUUCAUCCUUUUUGAUGCGUUGACGAUGCCCAACGUGACAAAACGAGUGUUGAUCGUGAAAUUGGCAGCCCACUGCCUCAGAAUGAAAUGCUUCAGAUUGGCUGGACGAGCGUAGCUUCUUGGCGUUGGAUCGCCAACGACGAUAAUUGUGGAAUAUGCCGGGUGGCUUUCGACGGAUGCUGUCCCGACUGCAAAAUGCCCGGCGAUGACUGCCCGCUCGUGUGGGGCCAGUGUUCGCACUGCUUCCACAUCCACUGCAUCAUGAAGUGGCUCAACUCCCAGCAGGUGCAGCAGCUCUGCCCCAUGUGCCGCCAGGAGUGGAAGUUCAAGGAGUAACUCAAAUGGCUUGUGUUCUCAUUGGCUGCUGGCUCGGCUGUGGGAUGCAUUUUUUUUGCAAUACGGCCUUGUAUUAAAUGCAGCGUGAAGGUAUUGUUGACAAAAUAUCUCUGCUUUUGCCACCUGAGGCACGGUAUUCUAAAAAUACUUUUUCUUUUGCGAGUUAGUGCUUGCAUAGCGAAUAUAAGGGAGAAAUGCUGCCAGUCUUGUUGACUACAGCAUUUGUGCUCAUGCAGAACUAUGUUAGAUCAGCCUAACCAUGCCAAGAGAUGAAACUGAAUGUUGCUCUGAGACCGCUUCUAAUUAGCCUUCGAGUGUUAUUGAUAUAACAGUUUUUACUGUUGUAGAUUUUGAGUUAUAGAUUGGGUCAGUGACACAUCUAUGACUUCGUAUUCCACAGAAAUGCGCUUACUCGAUAACGUGUUAUCGUGACCAUGCCACUUCAUGUCGUUUGUUGGCUCUUCAUGCAUGGUCCUUUUUUCCUGUAUGUUUCUUGAGGUGCCAUUAAACACUUCAUAGUCGGCACUUCA